UAGAAAGCAUAAAACUCUUCCCAAUCAGCAAGAAUUAAUUAAUUUACAAGAUUCGAAUGUUGUUGAAUUAAACCUUGAAAGCUCCAAUCAAAUAUUCCCAGAUGAUAUUUGUUGUGAAAUAUUUUCCUAUUUAUCGAAUAAUACAUUCCAUCUCCUUCUUUCUUGUUCACUUGUUUGUAGACAAUGGUUUCGAAUAAUUAAAGAAUAUUCACAUCUUUAUUUAAUAUUUAAAAAACAAUUUCCCCGAAUGCUCCUGAUGAAUAGUUUGUAUUUGAAUAGAGUUACUAGUUUGGAAAUUGGAGAGAAUGUAAUGAUUGAAAGUGAUUUAUUAAAAACAAUGGUCAACUGGCAAGUUUGCAAAAAGAUGAAUAAUUUGAAGAGAUUUCACAUUUAUAAAAAUGAUAUUGGUGAAGAAGGAGUGAAAGAAAUAUUAGAAAUGUCUCAAUUGACUGAUGUUUCCAUUAUUUCAAAUGGAAUCACACGUGACGAAAUGAAAUUAAUGGGAAAAUUGAAACAUUUAACAAGAAUUGACCUGAGUUGGAAUCCUAUUGGUGAUGAAGGAUUGAAAUCUCUUUCAGAAAUGAAAGAAUUAUUAACAAGUUUACAUGUUUCACAUUGUAAAAUUGGUGAUUUGGGAUGUGAAAUAAUUGGUCAAAUGUAUCAAUUGACUGAAUUGGAUAUUAGUAGCAAUAGUGGUUGGAAUUCCAAGGUUUCUUCAAUAGGAGUAAAAUCAAUUAGUCAACUGAAAAAAUUAACAAAAUUGAACAUUAGUAGAAAUAAUAUUAAUGGAGAAGGUAUCAAGUCAAUUAGUGAAAUGAAACAAUUGAUUUCACUAAAUGUUUUCAAUUGUAGCAUUUCAAAAGAGUUUACAAAAUUUCUAGUGUCAGAAAAAUUGACAGAACUUGAUAUUGGAAAUAAUAUCUACUUGGAUGAUUCAUUUUUAGAAAUGAAACAAUUGAGAAUACUUAAAAUGGAAGGUCUUCUUGUUAAGAUUCCAGAAAAGAUUCGUCAAUUGAAAGAAUUAACAGAGCUAGAUGUGUCAUCAUGUAGAUCUAAUGAUAGAGAUUUUGUGUAUGAUAUAAAAGAAUUAAGAAAUUUGAAAAAGCUGUUCCUUAGACGGAAUGCAUCAAUUCAAGAUAAAGGAGUGAUUUUGCUGAGCCAACAUUUGGAACACUUGACCGAGUUGGAUAUUCGUGAUUGUGGAAUUAGUUACGAAGUAGAAAAAUCACUCAAACACAAGAAAAAUUUGACUAAACUUGUGUUGUGAGUAAUAGGAUUGAAUUAAAUAACUAUUAUAUUGGU